AAGCGGAAGAAGCACCUAUCUAACAACAUUUUUACGCGUUUAUUUUGGUUAAUUUUCGUGUAAAAAGUUUUUUGAUAGCACUAAAAUAACUACUAAUACAUAAUUUUCGCUCUGAAAAACAUUAUUGACACACGUGUAUAUUAAAUGUGAAAACUAGGAGAUUCAAAUAAUCUAAACUCAAGAGUUCUAGUUGCGUGCUGUGCGUUUUCGAGGCUGACGAAAUCCGCCUUGUGUUCUACGCAGCAGACGAAAGUAGAAAAUGGAAAAUUUAGCUGAUGAUCCUGGCUUCAUCGAUGCGAUUGUCAAUGAGGUCAAAUCUCAGGGUCUGUUCGAUCAGUUCCGGAAGGAGUGUUUGGCCGACGUCGAUACGAAGCCGGCUUACCAAAAUCUGCGGCAGCGAGUGGAAAGUUCGGUGAGCAAAUUUCUGUCCCAGCAGAAGUGGAUCGACAACAUUCGUCACAAGAACCAGCUCCGGGAGAAGUUGAGGAAGAAUAUAAUAGAAUCCGGAUUUCUGGAGACCGGUGUAGAACGCAUAGUGGAUCAAGUUGUUAAUCCAAAAAUAUCAACGGUUUUUCAUCCGAAAGUGGAAGACAUUGUAUAUAACUACCUCGGCAUUGAAAAGCCAAAGCCGGCGAUUAACGGAAGUGGGGAUUUAGACGUACAAACAGAUUUUUUGCCAGAAGACUUAGAAGCUGUGAGCCCUGAUUCGGACAAGAAGUCUUCCAGCACUUCGUCAGACAUGCAUCAUCCAGCAACAGAACCUGACCAGCAGGAAGAGUUGAACGAUUCAAAAGAAAUUAUCGAGGACUUCGAAUCGCCGGCAUUUGAACCACUGGAACCUCGCCCUCCUAGUCAAACGAAACAGGAAAGUAACGAUUCCCAUACAUCGGCCAUCAGUGGUCUAACGUCACAAGAAUCAGUUGAAGAAGAGCCAAAUGAGAUACCUUAUUUGAUAGGUGAAUCUGAAUCCGGACAGGUCGUUACAGAAACUGACGACAAACAACUCAAUGAUAAGGAAGAACCGAUCAUUGCCGCACCGGCGGCUGAUAGUCCAUUAAAAGCAAGUCCUGAAAUCGAGAAGAAUGAUUCACAGUUGUCGCAAGUGUCCAGCAAUAGUCGACUUUCGAUCAUCACUAACUCGGAAGGGGUUGCUCAACAGCAACUGCAACAUGGCACACUUGGCAACCCAAGGUUGGACAUAACGGAAGAAGCACAAAUGCCAAAGUUCAAUGAGAACUCCAACGGGGAGGAGGGUGAACUAUCGGAUAGCAAUGGCGACGAAACGCCUGGCCCAAAGCGCGGGUUGGAACCGCGAAGGUCCAAUUUUGAUUUACGGCAAGAGGCCUACGAUUUCAAAGGGACGGAACGCAACCGAUAUAUUGACGCUGAACUGCGCGGUGGCGAAGUGCUAGAAAGAUCUAUCGAUAGGCCAGAUUCUGGUAACAAUGAAGGUGCUACAAAAGACGAAUCGCUAAAUACGUCUGGCGAACGAUACCAACAUGCUUCCUCCCCGUUAACAGCGGCUAGAUUUGAUGAAAACUCUUCCCAAUCUGAGCGGUCAUUGCGUAUUUGCGAAGAUUCUACCCUGGAGCAACGAACAUUGGACACUAGCGAACGACUGGACAACUAUGACUCGGCCAAGACGCCGUUAAAUGAUGAGCACAGCACUCAGUCGGCACCGGAUGUUGACAAAAUGGGCUCGUCGCAGGUGGACAUCGUUGUCAGCUUGGCCGCCGUACAGCAACAUGUGUCUUCCGAUACAGACCCGAGGAAGGAUCGCCACCGUGGGCGAGAACGCCAUGGCGACCGGAAACAUUCCUCUUCGCACCGCCACGGUUCAUCAUCAUCGCGCGAUGAUAGAAGGUCGCACAAUUCAUCCAAACGCAGCGGCAGUAGUAGCAGCAGUCGAAGGCAUGAUCGAGAUCGGGAUCGCAAACACGAAAACGGAAGCAGUAAUUCAAAUAGCGGAAGUACAAGAAAGAUCCACGUAAGGAAGGAAGAGGAUGAUCACUACAGUUCGCACGAAAAACCAGUGAAAAGACGACGCUCUACAGAUCGAGACUCUAAUGAUGGGGCAGAGAACGGUAAAUCUGCCAAGACAAGCCUACAUGGGUCCGUUCGAUCUGAAGAAUCCGCGAAAGAUUCACAAACCAUGGAUAAUCGGGGUAGUGGUGGAUCACAGGAUAACCAAUCACAGUUGAAUGACUCGUUGGAUUCGAGCUUUGAAGGAUUUGACGAGGAUCAACUAAAUGAUCACCCGAAGAGGCUGCCAACAAUUUUAGCAAAGCCAUUAGACACCACAAAAGUAGGUGAGAACAAGGCGGCGAAGAAGGCCAAGAAGGUUACGCAUAAGUCACCAAAAGAUAAAGACAUGGAUCGUAAAAGCAACAUGGAUGUUUUUGCCUUCUCUUUUGAUAAGCCAGCAAAACCGAAACAUAAUGGAGAACUGGAUCUCGAUGAAAGUUGCAAUAUGGAGCAAAGUUUGCCAGAUGUUGAUUCAUUCGAUCAUCUAGAUGAAGGAGUUAUUGUCCUCGGACCAACGGAGCUUGCAAAAGUUAUAGAAGCCAAUGAACAGCAGGUAGUCCACCAAUUGACUUCGUCCUUAGCGACUGUUGAUGAAAUUCAGCAAAUUGCUCCCCACAUGUUCCCCAAGACAAAUCCCGACGAUCUAGUUACUUUGACGACUCAGCCAGUGAUCGUAGAUCAAAUGUUGACGAAAGGUGACAAUAUGGAUCUCGAACUGUUAAUUGGUGAUAAGCAAUUGCACGGAGACGAAGCGACUCUUAACAAGAUCCAACAGGGAUUAGAUGUAGUAAAAAACAAAAUACGAAAACCGAAAAUUGCGUCUAACUUUCAUGAAGCCAAAAAACUAAUGAAAAUUCGAAAGCAGAUCGAGAGGGAAGAGAAGAAGAAACGUGAACAAGCUCUGGCUCUUGCUAAAAAAUUGAUCCCUAAAAAAAGUAGUGAAGAUGAUCAAGGAAUCGAACUUGAAUUUGUGUGUGACAAAAACCGAAAUAGCUCUGGGCCAAUAAUUUCGUCACCGAUCAGACAGAAAGCGUCGAAGCUUAACUGUAGCUUUGAAGAGGAACCAGCUCUACUAUAUCUUCCUGAAGAAACACAAGUUUACGACGCUAACGAUGCACUCAUGAAGUUCUUGAAGGAGAAAACCACUGACGUUACCGUUCCAGAAGAUUUCAUAAACUUAACAACUCGUCUUCAUUCGUUAGAUUCAAAGCCCCGAAGCCCUGGCAAAGGUGCACAAAACAUAUUCCCAGGCAACGAGGAAGACGAAACAAUGGCCGUUGAAAUAGUUGAACCGUCGAGAAGCCAGUCGGUCGCUGAACCAAGUGUCAUUAAAAUGGAAAAAGAUAUUAACCAGGAAGCAAAUCUAUGGCGGUCGGAAGAACCACGAGCGAGUGAAGGCAGCAGCACUGUAGAACUAGCCCGGGAACAAGCCGUGGAGGAAGUGGAGAAAGCAGCAGCCCCCAAGCAACGUGCUUCAACAAGGAAGUAUUCGCGAUCGCCCCCCACGGCUGCUACCGUUACCUCUGAUGUGGAUUUCGAAGCAUGUCUCCCAGUGCAACGAAUUGAUAAGGACACGUUGAAGCAAGAUGACGAAAACACUCAACAAGAAAAUGCGGACACCCUUAUGCGCACAUCGAGAGCUAGGAGGGUGGGAUUGCCUAAACCGAAAUCAACUAUGACUCAUAACACCAGUACAGCAAUCCUCACCGUUGAUAUAUCGGAUGUAAAAGCGAUCACUGUGGAUAAAAAUUCGCCCGGAAACAACAACAACGGCAUUAAGGCGCAGCGUUAUUCAAGCGAGGAUUUGUACAAACCGCGUUACAAUUCCCGAACUCGUACCAGAGCCAGUGAGCAAGUCGGCAAUUAGCUCAACACUUAUUAGAAUGUAGAUGAAUCUAGUUUUCUUGUUCAUUGGAAAUAACAAAAUAUGAACGAUGUUUCGUAGCGUAGGAGGAUCCGAGGAUCCCUAUUUGUUAUCGAAUGAACAAACUAUGUAUAAUAAUUGGUAUUCAAAAUUUUAUUUGUUUUUAAUUUUACAAUGAAUGCUGGUCCCGGUGUUUGUCUUGUUCCAUUAAAAGUGUGUCGAUAAAUGGGUAUAUUUAUUCCUAACUAUGAUUGUUGUUUUACAUGUGUCAUAAAUCCAUUUGGUAUUUUUAUAUGUACCUAUCAUAUUAAUUCAAGUUGACACGAUUUGUGCACACUUUUAUAGUAUAAAGCUUAUUCCAGUACACAUUUACGUAUCUAGUGUGUUUAUAAAAAGUUACGUUUCUACAAUAAUAAAAUGACAUGUGCAAUUAAAAAUA